AUUAAAUAAUACAUAAAUAAUCCAUGUAGACGUAAUCUUGACAUUUACGGCAUAGCCUUAGUUUCGGUUGCAUCCGCGCGACAUUCGAAAUACCAAAAGCUGCGAAUUGUUCAUUAAAAAGGGAAAAAUAAAUAAAUUGUUUUAUCGUCCAACAAUAUAAUUGAUAAAAGUGUCAUUCUAUACGCGGAAAUUUAGCGAAAAUCAAGAGAGAUCGUUCGCUCGGAAUAUUCUUUGCUUUUAGCAAAAUAUUAUGCAUACACGCGAAUGUUUAUUAUGCGCGUACGCGUUCAGCUAAAGUUAAACUGGGCUUCUUCCGCGGCAAAUAUUUGGUUAUGUUCCGCAACGAAUAUUUGGUUAUGCGCGUACGUACGUGUUCAGUUUAGGUUAGCUGCGCUUCUUUCGCAGCAGGAGUUCGCGCGAUCGAGUUUCCCCUUUUUCACCGGUCGCCGGUCGGCCGAGAGCCGUGAGGCGGGAAGGCCGGGAAGCGCAGCUGUGACGAACGGUACGGGAUAGGCUUAUCUACCCGAGAUGGCGCUCGUGUUUUGUUUUUGGCGGGAAGUCGUGCGGCAAUCCCCGGUUCGUCGUCGGUGUGUCGUUCCCGCCAGUUUCCGCGUUGUUCAGCCUGAAAAAGAUCGAGAAUCGCGACUCCGAACUACAUGUUCGUUAAGAGCCGACCCUGCCGUUCGAACUGCGUCGGCUCCCAAGUGCGUUGCUAUUUGAUCCACGUUGAUUUGGGCGUCAGCUGGUUUCAAAUUACAAACGAGUGAACGAUCGCACGGUACAUUCUGUUGGUAAAGCAGUUCUCGAAGCCUUCAUUAAGAUGCCUGGCUCCAUUGGCAAACUCUACAAACGUCCCUUCACUGUAUGCGUGGAGGGCAACAUAGGAAGUGGUAAAACGACAUUUUUAAGUCAUUUUAAGAAAUUUGACAAUGUUACUGUACUAGAAGAGCCAGUCGAGCUCUGGCGUGACGUGUCUGGAACGAAUCUACUGGAAUUAAUGUAUAACGAACCAUCUCGUUAUGCCUUUUUAUUCCAAUCGUAUGUACAAUUGACUAUGCUCCAAUUGCACACUUGUAAGACUCCAUCGCCGUAUAAAAUUAUGGAGAGAUCCGUAUACAGUGCAAUGUGCUUCGUCGAAAAUUUAAAACGCAGAAAUGUAUUACGUGACGUUGAGGUAACUGUCUUAGAGGACUGGUACGAUUGGUGUUUGAAAAAUGCCAAUAAUAUAGAAACCGAUUUAAUAGUAUACUUGAGGACAACACCUGAGACCGUAUACGAGAGAAUGAAACAACGAGGUCGAAAGGAAGAGAACGCCGUUUCACUAGAAUAUCUGAAGCAAAUCCAUCAAAUCCAUGAUGACUGGCUCUAUCAUCAAACUCUGAAACCGGUACCAUCACCAAUUAUAACCAUAAAUGGUGACCGAGAGCUCAAUGAAAUGGUAGAAGAAUUUGAUAAAUGUAAAAAUGAAAUCUUCAGCAAGGUGAUAGACGAUAGCGAUGUAAAUAAUAAGAUGAUUACAGUAUCAACGAAUCACGUGCUACCUGAAAUUAAAGCUAUCUCAGAUUAAAUCGUAGAAUAAAAAAAAAACAAAAGUUAUGAUUAAUUUAAAUAUGAUUGCACGUGUCAUGCAUUUAUCAUUAAUUAAUUAUUGCAUAUAACUAUGUACACUGUGUUAUUUUAAUUCCACUGAUCGCAUUUACUGUUUUUAUCACAUAUUUAUUUCUUUUUAUAUCAAAUUUGUAGUGUGUUAAAUAAACUAUCAAUAAUCAUAAAUUACGCUAAUUACGAUACGUAAACGUAAUUGAUCAAAUAUUUCACAUUAAAGGAUUAAUUGUACAUUCUGUCAAUUAUUCAAAUGACAAAAUUAAUAUAAUUUAAAUUAUUGAUGAGAACCAAAUUAUUUUUUUACGUCUAUUUUUCUAACUCAAUACACAUUUAAUUAGAUUGUUCAUCAAUUUAUUAAUAUUUUAAUUUAAUGCAUUUAAAUAAAAUGCAUUAAAUAAAUUUGUUUGUAACAUACUAGAUGUAAUAGGAUUUUUUAUUACAAGUACAAAAUAGUAUUAAUUUCAAA